UCAAAGCAGUUGCGGUUCGUAUUGCAUGAAAUUGUCUGGAAUUUCAUUGCGAACAGUUUUGUUGGUAUACGGAUAACUGGCACCGUUCUCCCGAUCAUCUGUCCUAAAUCUAGUGUGAUAUAUAUAGACUAAACACCAAAAAUACUGUACCAUGCUAGUUUGCAUUGUUGUACUGACGGUGCUGACAGGAAGUGUAUUUGCUCAGUCGAACACCACCACAAGCGUAAUUUCCAGUACAACAGUCGCUCCAUCCAAUCAGACUGCCGUAACAAGUACAGAUAAUAGCACCGGAAACACAGGAUAUUCUUUCAGCGGUGCAGAUACAUCAUCCAAUCAAGCGUACAGCAACAACAACAAUCCUGGAUAUACGAACAAUGGACAAAAUAGCCAGUCGUACGGUAACAAUGGAAAUGGCGGGUUUUCCGGUAACAACGGUUACUCAGGCGGUGGUAACGGCGGUUUCGGUACGGGAUUAACCUUGGGUUACGGCGGAUGCUGUUUUGGAUAUCCGGAUCUAGGCCGCUUCGGAUCCAACCAGAGUCCGUUUUUCAUGGGGAACGAUGCGAUGAAUUUUGCCGGUGUGCUGUUCAAUAACGGAGGGGGAAAUAGUUAUGGCGGUGGAUAUAGUAAUAGUAAUGGCAACGGCCGCAUUGGCGGCUUUGGUUGGUACAAUAAUUUACGACGGCUCAUCAAUCGGGCCGGGCGAUCGGGAUACGGAGGGAAUAAUGGUUACAGUUCCUCGUCUUACUAAUUACAAAAGUACAGCUGUACAAAUACAACUGGCUCAGCCCAAUAUUAUUGUAUUUUCGCCCAGCAUUUUGUACCAGUUUUAUACCAAAAUGUGCCUUCCGUUGCAGCACCGGUUGCUGGCAGGAAAGCGGUGUAUUAAUAAUUUCUCGAGUGUGCAAGACAAACAUUAACACAGUUCCGUUUUGGUUAAAAGUAAACAAACCAAUAAAUGUUCGCGCUUUUAUAGCAACAUUUUGACUAUUCUCGUCAUGACUGGGACAAAGA